AAGAAUGGGGCCUUUCGACAUCCUUUAAGCACGCGGAAGCGGAGAGGAGGUGGAGAGCGCGUUCCGGCGAGCGAGAGAAGCGGAUGAGUGCGAGCGAGCGAUCUGAAAGCCCCUGAUGGAUUACCGCUUUGCCCCUGUCGGACUAAUCUAUUCCCCAUCUUUGCCCUCUCCUCGUCCCCUCGUCGGCGCCAACCACACCUCCGCCCGUUUCUGCUCCCGUUAAACCCUCCUCCUCCUCCUCCUCCUCCCCCUCCCGUAAAUCGCUGUUAGAUCUAGGGCAAGGGAUACGGCUUCUACAAUUUUUUUUUUCUGAAUAGGGAAGUCUUUUUUUUUCUUUCUGUUUUUGGUACAUUCUUUUCGGGCGAUGGUGCCGACGGCGAAGCCGAACUUGGUGCGCAACCUCAUCGUCCGGGCGCUGCUCUUCUUUGCUUCCAUGUUCCUUCUCCGAUUCGUCUACGUCGUAACCGUUUACGGCGGAUCCUGUACUGCCGGGGACUACUGCCUUUUCUCCCCGCUGGCGGAGCCCCUCACCGUCGCGGGAACCACCGGCGGUGCCUCCGCAUCGGCCGCCGUGGCAUCCGCUCAUGCCGGUCACGGAUCGUCUGCCACCCCUGCUGUUCGCGCCCUCUGGACCAGCCGGGAGUGGCGGAAGGCCGUGGAUUUCUAUUCCACCGUGUUCCAGGAUCUCGUCGCGGAGGGCUUCCUCUCCCCGGCCUCCAAGUCCUUGUGCGUCGACGCCCCCGCUGGCUACGAGGUCCUUGCCCUCAAGGAAAUCGGCGUGGCUGGUGCGAUCGGCGUCGCCAGGAAGAGCGCGCCGCCGUUGGUGGUUGCCGGCGGCAACCUCCUCCGCCUGCCGUUCAAGAAUGGCACCUUCGACUUUGUGUUCGCCGGCCAGAGCCUCGACCGGAGCAAACAGCCCGCCGAUCUCGCUGCAGAGAUUGCGAGGACGCUGAGACCCCAUUGGUUCCUGGUCGUGCUCACUGCCUCCGGUGGCGAUGCCUACAGCCUUCACGCCCUCGCCAAACUUUUCCCGGGCUGCGUAGCUGUGCGAUCGCGGGAGAUCAAUAGCCCAGAUUCGUCGAAGUCUCUUCGUGAGAUCGUUUUCCAGAAGGAAGAUGGUACACACAUUGUUAGCGCCGACUGGAAUUCAGAUUCCAAGUGUCCGAUCCCCGAACACAAGCUCCAGAUUCUUCAGUCAGCGGAGCCUCUGAUCGAGGAGGAGCCUCUAAAGCCAUGGAUCACCUUCAAGAGGAACAUCCAGAACGUCAAGUAUCUGCCAUUGAUUGCCGAUAUAAGCUUCAAGCAAAGGUAUAUUUACGUGGAUGUCGGGGCACGGAGCUACGGUUCGAGCAUCGGGAGCUGGUUCAGGAAACGGUACCCUAAGCAGAAUCACACCUUUGAAAUCUAUGCAAUCGAAGCCGAUCGGGCGUUCCACAAAGAAUAUGCCACCAAGAAAGGUGUCAAUUUGCUGCCUUACGCAGCGUGGGUAUGCAAUGAGACAUUAACCUUCGAGAUUAAUCAUGACCCUGAUAACCAUGAUGUGGGUAAAGGGCGAGGAAUGGGUCGAAUCAGGCCUACUGGGGGCUCCGAUGGUCGUGUCACAUCAGACGAUGUGCACCCAAUCCAGGGGCUUGAUUUUGCUGCAUGGCUGAAGAAGACGGCGACCGAGAGGGAUUAUGUUGUGAUGAAGAUGGAUGUGGAGGGGACCGAGUUUGAUCUGGUGCCGAGGCUUUUCAAAACAGGGGCUAUUUGCUUGAUUGAUGAGCUCUUCCUCGAGUGCCACUACAACCGAUGGCAAAAGUGCUGCCCAGGGCAGAGGAGUCCAAAGUAUCCGAACACCUACCGGGAAUGCUUGAAUCUGUUCACAUCGCUCAGAAAUGCUGGAGUUCUUGUUCAUCAGUGGUGGUAACCAGUAACACUUGUGUUGUCACACACGAUUUGUGCCAUUCACAGGUGCUGAAAUACAUGUUCAGUUUUUCACUUUUAUAUUACAGGUAUUGCUUUUAUGGUUUGAUAGGAUGAUAAUCAAGAAAUGUGUAGCUAUGAACAAUCAUAGUUAUGUAGCUGUUAUUUUCACAAAUGAGGAAGCCAAUUCUUUUA